AUGGGUGAGGAGAGCUGGAACGAGGCCGGACAACAGAUUAAUAUUUUGGCUGAUGAAUCCACGAUUGGAGCUCUUUUGGAUUUUGAGGGCAUAUCUGAUUUCCACUACACCGCUCCUCCAUAUAAUGGGCAUAUAAGUACUGCGCUCUGUAGCCUGCGCCCAUCAAAACCGAUUAAAUACACACGAGAGGUGGUUGACGGUGCUGAUGGCAAUCCCAUCUGCCUUGACUGGCUUUUUGUGGAUGAAAAACAUGGUCCAGCAAACGGCAUCAUGAUUAUUUUUCCAGGUCUUGCUUCUUGGUCUCAGACCAACUACGUUCAACAUUAUGUAUCACAUGCGCAUGACAAAGGCUUUCAUUGUUGCGUGUUCAACACACGGGGAAUGGGUGACACCCCAUUGACACAACCCCGACUCAUGUCUGCGGCAUGGACGGAGGACGUUCGAUGUGUUACGCGCACAGCCCUUUCAAAAAGGGCACUUUCGUUAAGGUUUGGUAAAACGGUUGGAAACACAUGGGGCGUUGGCUUUAGUCUGGGUGGGGUUGUCUUGGCAAAGUACUUGGAUGAAGAAGGAAAAAAUGGGCCUAAAGAACUGCUCCCGUUUGACGCAGCCCUUAUUAUUAACAGUCCAUUGGAUACAUUGGCCUCACAGGCGAAUAUGAUGAAGCCAAAAAAUGCUCUUUACCAUAAAACUCUGACUGGAGGUCUUGUGCGCUACGCCAUUCGUCACAUUGAAAUGAUCAAGCAACUACCGGGGGUGAGUGACGACGCCAUUCGCAAGGACACGCUGCGGUUCUUAAAAAACUUGAGGAACAUCUAUGAAUUUGACGUCCACAUCACAGCACCCCACAAUGGUUUCUCCAACCCUGAAGAGUAUUACGCCGCGGUAAACACACUGACGUCGCUUCGACAGUGUAAGAUACCCACUCUUUGUGUAAUAGCUCGUGACGACCCCGUCACGGGUGACCCACCAAUAACACAAAUGAGAGAGUUGGUUAGCGCCAACAAACUUGUCGCCUUUCUUGAACUUCCUCGCGGAGGACACUUGGGGUACAUUGGAUCCCCGCUUGAAGAGUGGCGUGGAGCGCCCUCAUUUAUGGAAGUCCUCACGUGUAAUAUAUGUAAGGCGUCUCAAAGAAAUGAAUGGCUGCGGACACAAGCAGCAGGGCAGGGGAAAAUUUGA